AUGGACACUGUCAAGAACGCCGCUCACUACGUCGAGGAGAACGUUAAAGGCUCUGGUUCUGAGACUUCCAAGGAGGCCAACAAGAACGUCGCAAAGCACUCGGAUGCAGGCCUCGGCACCCGAGCAAGUGCCGCGAAAGAUGCUCUGAAGGACAAGAAGGAUGAGGAAAAGCAUGAUGCUAAAGCGGAAGCUCACAAAGAGGCUGCUAAGCACUAA